AUGGCUGAUCACACAAGUUUCGCCACCUUUACAGGCCACCAACUACCUCGCGCGUUCUUUGAGGCAGAUGGUGUAGAGACUGCUAUGAACCCACACCUAGUGUUUGGUUACCACCAUGGCCCUAUUAUUGACCCUAACCCAAACUGGAAGCCCGUGGCCUGGCAUACAGCCCACCUGGCAACCCUCGUUGUUAAUCCUGACCGCAAACCUAUAUCACGUGAAGAGCGUGUCGAGGGUCAGAAUACUCUUGUCAACUAUGUUCGCAGUGGGCAGUGGCGUCAGGAUGUUUUCAUGAACGAACCAGGCCGCGGCCCAGCGACCGGCCCGAUUGGCCACUACGCUGAUAACCUGACUAAUAUUGCCCGACAUGACCGCUACUGGCGCCAGGGAUACGGUUCUAAUUACCAUCGCGAGCAGCAACCCGUCACACCUACUAGUGGCGGACGUAGCAGACGCCUGCAUGUGGCCGACGGCAUGAGUACUACCCCUGACGACUCUAGCGAGGAGGAGUAUAUCUCCGAUGAUAACGGUAAUGAAGAUGGAAAUAGAGAUGGCGACGGUAAUGGAGAUAGUGAUAGCGACAGAGAAGGUACCGGAGGUGGUGAUAGUGCUGAUGAUAGUGCUUUUGCACCUGCUUCUCCUUAG